AUGGCAGGGAAAAAGAAUUUAGCUAAGCAUGAUUUGCCUCAAUUUUACCUGUUGGUAGCCCUCUAUUUCCUACAAGGUAUACCUGUCGGGUUAGCAUUUGGUACUAUACCUUUUUUGUUAAAAUCUAUGGCAAAGGACACUUCAUUUACAACCUUGGGGAUUUUUUCGAUUGCCACGUAUCCAUAUUCUUUAAAGAUUCUCUGGUCACCUAUUGUUGAUUCGAUAUAUGAUUCUAAAGUUGGCAGAAGAAGGUCAUGGAUUAUACCCAUCCAACUACUCAGCGGAUCAAUGCUGUUUAUCUUAGGUUGGGCCGUUAGUAACAAUUUGGUAUUCAAAGGGGUCGAUGAUGCUUUUCACGGUAGACAUACCAAUGGAUUACACGAUUUAAAUAUUCUUACUCUAGCGUGGUAUUUCGGUCUUUUGGUGUUUUUAUGCGCAACUCAGGACAUCGCAGUUGAUGGAUGGGCCUUAACAAUUUUAUCUGCCCAAUCCCUAUCCUAUGCAUCAACUGCUCAAACGGUUGGAAUCAAUUUGGGUUUUUUCUUAUCGUUUACAAUUUUUAUUUCAUUGAACUCAAGCGAUUUCGCCAACAAAUAUUUUAGAAGUCAACCGCUAGAGCAUGGCUUUGUUAGUCUGGGUGGUUAUAUGAAGUUUGCUGGAAUUCUUUACAUUUUGGUGACCAUCUAUGUGAUUAUGUUUACAAGGGAAAGGCCUUUAGAUGACGUUUUACCAAGAUUAGGACCUUCGGCAGCCAAAAAAUACGACGAAUCUAAAUAUGCAGCGGAAUAUCCUGAUGGAGAUGCCAUUGGUACUAGUAAUAAGGCAAGUAUCAAAUAUACUUACAAAUGCUUUGGCAGAAUUUUGAAAUUAAAAUCGGUACAAACAUUAGUAUUUAUCCAUUUAACUUCUAAGUUAGCAUUCCAAUGCAACGAAGCAGCUACAAAUUUAAAACUGUUGGAACGUGGAUUUAAGAAAGAGGAUUUGGCGGUGACCGUUUUAAUUGAUGUUCCAUUCGAAGUGAUCUUUGGAUAUUACGUCGCCAAAUGGAGUUCAGAAUCGAAUCAUCAUCACCAUUCACCUCGUCCAAUAGUAUCUCAUAGAAACAGUUGGGUUAGAUUUUUAGUGGGUGACCCAGGUAUUUUAACACCUUGGCUUUGGGGGUUCUUGGGUAGAUUAGCAGCAGCGGCUCUGGGUAGUUAUGUGCUUAGCGUUUUCCCCAAAGAUUCUCAAAUUACCAAACCUUUCUUCCUUUUAGUCAUUAUCCAACAUCUCCUGGGAUCAUUCAUGAAUACUGUGCAAUUUGUCGGUAUUUCUGCCUUUCAUACACGGGUUGCUGAUCCCGUAGUUGGUGGUACUUACAUGACACUAUUGAACACUUUAAGCAAUUUUGGCGGUACUUGGCCACGCUUGAUAAUCAUGUCAAUGAUUAACUAUUUUACCGUUUACGAAUGUUACGUGCCCGCGACAAAUCAUGCUAUCACCUAUCAAGGAGGUAGUAUGGAAAGAUGUACCGAAGGCCUUAAUGGUAAACUCUCUAUCCUAAGAGAUGGGUAUUAUGUGACAAAUGGUAUGUGUGUGCUCUUUGGAUUAAUCCUUUAUUUUGGAUUCUUAAAGAAGAAGGCCCAACAAUUGCAGACUAUACCGGUUGAUUCCUGGCGUUGUUCUUAA